AACAGAGAGAGAGAGAGAGAGAGAGAGAGAGAGAGAGAAUGGCAGAGGGAAUCUAUAAUAAUGUGAGCAGUGUUGAGCUGAGUGAAGCAGACAGAGGAGAGAGAGUGGAGAAGACGGUGGAGAUUUAUAUGAGUGCAGACGCUGUUAGAGCUCAGGAGACCAACACACAGAGGGAGACAACAACUCAGCAGACAGGUGUUAGAACCGGAAUCAGAUGUUCCAGACUGGCUGUGGUGUGUGUGGGGCUGCUGUGUGUUCUCCUGCUGACCACCAACAUAGUGCUGUACAUGUACUAUAUUAGAGACCAAACCAUCAUUGUAAACCUCACUGCAGGGAGAGAAACUCUCUUAUCCAGUAUCAGAAACCUGACUGAAGAAAGAGACCAGCUAAAGAGCAGCUACCAGAAUCUGACUGAGGACGAUCACAUCUUACAGACCAAAUAUGAUCAUUUAGUGAAGCUGAUUGAGAAAAGCUGGUUUAUACAACUGAAGACUUUUGGAAGCAGCUUUUACUUUUUCUCCACUGAGAAGAAGAGCUGGAAUGAGAGCAGACAGGACUGCAGAGAGAGAGGAGCAGAUCUGGUGAUCAUAAACAGCAGAGAGGAGCAGAGAGCAGUUUCUGGAUUGGAGAGCAGUUUCUGGAUUGGUCUGACUGAUGAAGACACAGAAAACACAUGGAAGUGGGUGGACGGCCAACCACUGACUGAUGAGUAUGUCAUGACACAGAAAAUUCUGGAGGCCAAAUGA